AUGUUUGUAGAUUUUUCUCCCUUCCUCUGGGUCCUUCUUUUCUUUUCUUUUUUGGUGUUCCCUUCUUUCUUUUUUCUUUCAUCUCAAGUAUUUUUCCUCCUUCGUCCCCUCCUUCCAAUAAACCUUUUCUUUCUUUUCUUUCUUUUCUUUCUUUCUUUUCCUUCAUUUUCCUUUUCCUCCCUCCUUCUUUCUCAGAACAAGAAAAUUCUUCUCAAAUUUUCUUUUCGUUCUUUCUUUCCCCUCAUUUUUCCUCCACCUCCUUCAUUGCUUGGUUUCUUUUCGUUUUUACUUUAUUUCUUUCGUUCUUUUCAUUCUCCCUUAUAUUCCUUUUCUUUCAUUCUCCUUCAUUUUGAUUCCUUCAUUUUUCUCCUAUUUUUCUUUCUUUUUUCCUCAUUUUUCUGUUCUUUCCUUCUCCUUCAUUUUUUAUCUAUCUAUCUAUUUAUCUAUCUAUUGCAAUAUUUUAAUUACCUAUCUAUGUUCCCACUUUCUUUCCCGUUUUUUCUUUCUUUUUUAUUUCAUUCUUCGUUUCUUUCGCCUUCAUUUUACUUUCUCUUUCUUUCUCCCUUAUCUACUCUCUUUCCUUCUUUCUUUCUUUUUUUUUUAUCCUUACUUAUAUUUAUAUUUCUUAUAUUUCUCUAUAUAUAUAUUCAUUCUUUAUUUCUUUCUUUUUUUUUUUCUUUCUUUCUUUCUUUCCUUUGUUCUUUCCUCUUUGUUUUAAACAGCACGUCCUUUCCCAAAUUUGAAUUCGUUUAUAUGCCCCACGGUCCUCUUUCUUAUCAUUCAAAAAACAAUCCCCACCCUUUUUAUUUUCUUGCUUCUAUUCGAAGUUCAUUCAACAGAUUAGCUGAAAACGCCAGGCAAGCUACGAAGUAUACGAUCUAUCUAUCUAUCUAUCUAUCUAUCUCAGUCUGUUCCUUACUCACUCCAUUCAUCUAUCUCUAUCUCUAUCUCUCUCUCUCUAUAUAUAUAUAUAUAUAA